AUGCCCUCUCUGUCCUCGCUUCCUCCCCCUCCCCUUCCGCCUCUGCUGGCGGAAACAGCCCCGCAUGAGGCAGCUUCAACCGCGCGCCUUCCGCCCGCUCCCGGGCGCUUCCCGGCGCCAGUGACACUUGACACGCCUCAAAAGUCGCUCUCUCCCGUCCGCUUCCCCGCGCCGCUGGGCGGACAGCAGCAGGUCGCGGGCGGUGGUAGCGCGAUGCCCGCCGGCGUGCGCACGGUGAGGUGGGUGAACCCCAUGUUCGGCGCGGGGGAGGAGGGCAGCGCGGAGAGCGAGCAGGAUGCGGUUGCUGAAGAGGCGGGGAUAGAGGCGGGGGCAGGGGCAGGGGCAGGGGCAGGGGCAGGGGCAGGGGCAGGGGCAGGGGCAGGGGCAGGGGCAGGAGCAGGGGAAGGGGCAGGGGCAGGGAGGGAUGAGGUGAUAGAAGAUAAGGGGGGUGGAGGGGCGAAUGAGAGGGAGGAUAGUGAGAUGCAGGAUGGGCGGCAGUUUGGGGGGGAGGAUGGUGGGAAGGGUGAGGGUCAGUCCGCGACAUGGUAUGAGGGGGAAGGGGAAGGGGAGAAGGGGGAGGAGGAGGCGGCGGAGGAGGAGGAGGAGGGAGAGGAGGAGGGAGAGGAGGAGGGAGAGGGGGAGGAGGGAGAUGGGGAGAAGGGUUCGUGGCUAGUCAUUGACGCACCAUUCGCCUUCCCCGUCCUCCUCGCAUGCCCCGAAUCCCCCGAUGAUAUCCCCCUCUUGCCUUCCGCCGCCCCCAGCCCCUCCACCUCCUCCCCCACUAGCCCCGUCCCUUCCGCGGACCCUAUACCACCCGCUGUUUCCUUCAUUCCCCACGAAGAUCCCCUCGUUUCCGCCUUCCCCUCAAGCCUCGGCUUCCCCAUAAACUCCGCGUUCCCCUUAGCCCCCAUCUCCGCUCUGUCCGCGGCUUUCUCUCCGCGCGCCUCCCCGCCGCCUCCACGCCCACUUUCUGCCACUGGGCAGGAGAGCGACGACGAAGGGGGGUGCGUGAGCGGACUUAUCGCAGCCGCAGCAGCAGUAGCAGCUGAAGGGGAUGACGGCGGCAGUGGCGCUGGCGACGGUGGCGGUGGCGGCGGCGGCGGCGGCGGUGGUGGUGGUGGUGGUGCUGGCGCUACUACCGCUGGUGCUACGACUGUUGCCCCUGUGGAUGGCAGUGGUAACGACGGUGUUGCUGUGGGGGAUGAAACCACGGGUGACACAAGCGACGCAAGAAAUGACUCAGGCGACGCAGGGGAAGGCGGAGGGGAAGGCGGAGGGGAAGGCGGAGAGGGAGGCGGAGUGGGUGGCGGAACGGAGGCCGAAGAGGAAGGCGGAGGAUGCAGCGAAGGGGAAAGCGGAGGUGGAGGCGAGGGGAAGGCGGAGGGAUUGGCGGGGGAGCUCUUGCGGUUAGGGGCGAGCGCGGAAUGGGGGCUUGCGGGGUGGCACAGACUGCAUGCCUUGAUUACCCCUUCUUCCCUUGCUUCUCCUUUACAUCUGUUUCUUUGUUUUUUCCCCGUCUUCCCCCUCUCAUUUUCCUCCCACUUCCCUCCCCUUUCCCUCCCAUUUCCCUCCCCUUUACUUUACCUUUCUUUCUUCUUUCACUCCCCAUUCCCUCCCCUUUCCCUCCCCCUCCUCCCACCGCUAUCCCGCCUCCCCCCUCCUUUCCGACCUUCCCUUCCCCCCUUUUUACCCUCCUCCAUGCAGGGACCGUUCGCCUUCCCCCUAUCGCUGGUCCGCGACCCCUCGUCCUCCCCUCGCCUGUUCGGGUGGGCGUGGGGGGGCAGCGGCGCAAGGGGCGCGUGCGCGGACGGCGGAGACGCGGGAAGUGAAUUGCUUGCAGAGGAGGCGGACGUACUAGCGGGGGAGAGGCAGGGGGAGGAGGAGGGGGAGCGAGAGGCGGAGGGGGAGGGCGAGGGGAUGGGGGAAGGGGAGGGAUUGGAGGAGGAAGGGGACGGGGAAAGGGAGGAGGAAGGUGUGGAAGAGGGAGAUGACAGGAGGCUCUGGGGUGAGAGCCGGCUAGACGCGGGUGGGGGGAAGGGUGGUGCGGAGGGCGGAGAGGACAUUGGGGAAGGGGAGAAACCAGUGCGGCGGGAGGAAAAGGGUGAAGCAGAGGUGCAAGCGAUUGAGGAGGAGUGCACAUGGGGGGAGGUGAGGGCGAAGGCGGAGGGGGAUGAGACGGGGGAGACGGGGAUGAGCGAGAGAGGCAGCAGAGGCGAGGGCGGAGAAAUAGGAGCAAGGGGAGACGAUGGGGUGAUGUCAGUGGUACUGGUGAGUAGUGCGGAGGAGAGCAGAGAAGCAGGUGGUGAGAGUUUGACGGGUGGGAAGGGAGGGGAACGGGAGGUGCGUGGUGGGUUGGGGCAAAGGCAGAUGAUUGGUAAUGGAGAGGAUAGUGGAGAAAGGAGAGGAGAGGGAGGAGAUGGAGAUGGAGAGGGAGGUGGAGAGGGAGGUGGAGAGGGAGGUGGAGAGGGAGGAGCAGAGAGAGGAGGAGAGGGUGGAGCGGCGGUGGCAGCAGCAGGAGGGGAAGAGGAGACGAAAAGGGACGAGUCAGGAAGGGGCACGGACGGCAUGUGGUCGGGGCUGGGCAGUGGAAUGGUGGCUGCAGCAGCGGCGUUCGGUGGGUGGAAUGGCCUCACACGCCUGGCCAAGAUGCGCGCACGCAGGGGGGCGGCAGACCGAGACAGAGACAGAGAAAGAGACCGAGACAGAGACAGAGAAGCCGUGUCGGAGGCUGGGCACAUGGGUGCAGGCAUGGGCUUGGGCGUGGGCAUGGGGAUGGGGAUCGGUACGGGGAUGGGCAUGGGCAUGGGCAUGGGUAUGGGUGCAGGUGAAGCAGGGGAGGAUGCGUUUUCGCAGAGCAAUGCGGAUGAGGAGGAGGAUGCGAUGGGGCCAUCGUCUCACGUGCUCAUUGAACCGGGGCUGGACCUUGCCAGGCUGGACAUGGUCGCUCUUGACGUGGCAUCCUCUGCUGCUGACGUGGAAGAGGAAGAGGACGAUGGCGCUGUUGCUAGUGCCAGCGCUGGUGCUGCUACUGCUGCUGCUGCUGCCGGUGGCGGUGACGGGGACAUGCUGCUGGGGGGAGUGAGAGGGGUAGGAGGAGUCUGGGAAACAAGGGGGAGACACGUGGUUUUAGACGGAGACGAGACAACUGGAAAGGUAUGCUUGUUUAGGGAGGAGGAGGAGGAGUGGGAGGAUGAAGCGAGUGAGGGGGGUGGAGGAGAAUAUGGUGGAGGUGAUGGGUUCGACUUUGGGGGCACUGGAAGAGAGGUGGGGAUAGGGGAGGGCGAAGCUGCGGAUGAGGAGGAAAUGGGUGUGGCAUUCGGUGAUAGCCGUGAUGGGGGGAGGUCUUAUGAUGAGGAAGAGGAGGAGAGGGAGGCGGAGGGGGAGGAGGAAGGGGGCCAGGGGAGAGGAGAUGCGGUGGAUUUGGAGGGUCCGGAAGGAGAGAGCGAAGUGGAAGAGGAGAGAGGAGGAGACGAGCGAGGAGGAGACGAGAGGGAAGGGAACGAGGAGGGAAAGGGAGACAGUAGGGAGCGGGGAGAGGAGGAUAGGGAGGUGCGGAAGGGAAGGAAGGGGGAAAAGGAUGGGGAGGAGGGAAUGACGCAAAGGGAAGAGGAAACGGAGGAUGGGGAGCAGGAAGAGAAGGAGGCGGAGGAAGAAUCGAAGGAAGAAGGACAGAAUGAGAUUCGGGACGGGCAUGAGGCUGCAAGCCAAACGCAGUUGACAGCAGCAGCGGCGGCACGAGAUGGCAUGGGGGCACGAGACGGAGAGUACGGCACAGCAGGGAGGCAGGGGGGUGAUGAUUGGGCUCGAGACCUCUGCUCCGUUUCUGUUCAACACCCACUCACUGCUGCUCACCUCUCCCCACAGCGUUCACUGCCUUCAGAAGCACGGCCUGAACCUGGUCGCAGUGAGGGGUGCGUGGGUGGCAGGAAGAGGAGGCGGGAGGAGUGUGCGGUGGGAGUGAGGGAGGUUGCAGCACGGCAGCAGGAGGCGCAGGAGGGUGGAGGGGAGGAGGGUGAGAGGCUGGAGGGGUGGGAGGCGGGAGGGAUAGAGGGGAAAGCUGUGGAGGAAUGGAAGGAGGUGGAUCGAGAGGAGGACGAGGAUGAGGAGGAAGAGGGGCAGCAGGAAGAGGAGGGGGAAGAGGAGGAGGAAGGGGAGGAAGAUGGGGAAGGGUUGCUGGCGAUGAUGAGAGGGAGUGGAGCGAGUGGUAGAGAAGUGGCAGAGGGCAAAAUGACCAUUAGAUUAGAGGGAGGAAUGGAGCUGUUGGGCUCAUUGAAUUCCACCGACGCUCAUGCUGAUGCUGAUACUGAUACUGAUGCUGGUGCUGAUGCUGAUGUUGAUGGGGGAAAGGACGAUGGGUGGAGGCAUAACUAUGGUGGUGGUGGCUGGAGUGGCGAGGGCACCAGCAGCACAGAGUCGGACCGGGCGAGUGGGGAAGGAGGGGGGGAGAUCACAGACUCACGUUCCGGGUCGACUGAAACGGUUGAGAGUAUAGAGUACGAUGGUCGCAGAAGCAAUUGCACUGCUCGUUCGUUGCACCCUCUCGCUGUCCCUGAGGCUUCUCCUGUGGUGAGCCUCCGUGAUGCGGACUGGGGGGAUGGGCGUGAGUGUGUGCAUGGUGAUGCAGUAGCUGCCCUCGAGGGGGCAGUGGUGCCACGGACUCUGCUGCCGGUGCUGCUGCUGCCGCCAUCACCGGCACCACCACUGGCACCACCGGCAACACAGGUUCCUGAAGGCGCAACACGAUUGGUCGAGCCAGGGCUGACAGCAGAAGUAGCAACAGCAAGGAUAAAGGCCGCAGCACCUGUUACUGCGGAUGAUGCAACUGAGUGCAUUACUGAGCUGGGCGAGUCCCUGGAGAGUGCAAGCAUGCAGCAGGAGGCGUGGGAGAUGAAGGCCAGACGUGCAGAGGUGGAGGUGGGGGCGCUCAGGCGACAGCUAUCGCAGUCAACCGCAGUCAGGGAGCAUGUGAGCGCAGGUCUGAAGCAGCAGGUGCAGGUGGAGCGGCAGAGGAGAGGGCGGGAGAGAGGGGCGCAGGUGGAGGAGAGGCAGCAGUGGGUGCAGGCCGUGAUGCGCCUCAGAGCUGCUGUUAACCCGCGCCUGGCGCAUACAGGAGGAGUGGGGCGAGGAGCGUGGGGAGGAGUAGAGGGGCGAGGGGGGGAGGGAGGAGGGCUGGGGAGAGGAAGAGGAGCGGUGCUGAUGGGGUUUGGGAGGGGUGGUGGGGGGUUGUUACCUGGGGUUGGUAUGGGAGAGACCGGGAGGGGUGCAGGAGAAGGGGGUUUGUAUGGAGGAGAUAGAGGUGAGGGAUGGGAGGGGGGAGAGGGAAGUGGAGUUGGCUCUCACAGCAGCAGCACGAGUCUGGUUGCGUUCAAAAGCAGCAGCGCCCUUGCCACAAGUGCAGGCGGUUACAGUGCUGCGAGUGGAGGUUACUGGGCUGGUUCAGACGGUGAGGAGAACGGAGAGGUAGGGGAAGGGGAGGAGGCGGCAGCAGGGAGUGACACGCUGCGGGUGAUUCAAGCAGUUCUGGAGCUCAUGCAGGUGGGAGCUUCCAGGAAGGUGCUGCUUGGGGAGGUGGGAGAGGAGGCAGGUGGUAAAAUGGAGGGAUGUAAACGGUUGGCUCUGGGUGCAUGUGAGGGGACUUUUGAGUCGACUAAAAUGGAGGGAUGUAAACGGUUGGCUCUGGGUGCAUGUGAGGGCUCGCAGAGGGAUUGUGAAGAGGGGGGAGGUGGUGCUGGGGAUGAGUUGAAGCCGGUGGAGUGCGGUUUUGAGCGAGAGGUAGAGGGGAGAGAGGAGGAGGUGGGUGUGGGAGGAGGAGGAGAAUGGGAUGGCGAUGUGGAGGUGAUGGGAGAUGGUGAGGGGAGAGGCGGAUUGAGAUGCCAGGAUGACGAUGUGGAAGCAGAGGUAGAUGCGGUGGGGCAGGAUGAGGAUGAGGAGGACGAAGAGGAAGAGGAGGAUCACUACGAAUAUGAGGAGCAUGAGGAGGAGAGAGAGAGUGAGGAAGAGGAGCAAGGGGAGAACGUGUCAAAGGAAGAGGUAGACGGGGAAGAGGAGUGUGAAAAUGAAGAUGAAGUGGAAUAUGCAGGGAGGGAGGAGGAGGAGGAGGAGGAGGAGGAGGAGGAGGAGGAGGAGGAGGAGGAGGAGGAGGAGGAGGAGGAGGAGGAGGAGGAGGAGGAGGAGGAGGAGGAAGAAGAGGAAGAGGAAGAGGAUGAGGAAGAGGAAGAGGGAGAAGAGAAAGAGGCAUUGGAGCAGGAAGAGGAAGACGGGGAGGAAGGGGAGGAAGACGGGGAGGAAGGGGAGGAAGAGGAGGAGGAAGGGGAGGAAGGGGAGGAAGAGGAGGAGGAAGGGGAGGAAGAGGAGGAAGAGGAGGAAGGGGAGGAAGAGGAGGAGGAAGGGGAGGAAGAGGAGGAGGAAGAGGAAGAAGAGGAAGAAGAGGAGGAGGAAGAGGAAGAGGAGGAAGAGGAGGAAGAGGAGGAAGAGGAGGAAGAGGAGGAAGAGGAGGAGGAAGAGGAGGAGGAAGAGGAGGAAGAAGAGGAGGAAGAAGAGGAGGAAGAAGAGGAGGAGGAAGAGGAUGAGGAGGAUGAGGAUGAGGAGGAGGAAGAGGAGGAAAAAUUGUUGAGAGUGAGGGAGAGAGAUGAAGGAGCGGCUGGUGAUGAGACUGAGGGGGGGGCGCAGAGUGGAGCAGGGAAGGAAGAGAAGGAUGGGGAAGCAGCACAGGAGCAACGGAGGCAGCAGCAGAUUACAGAGGAGGUUGCGAGGCUGCGAGCAAGGGUGAGGGAGAGAGAGAGGCAGGUAGCGUUGGAGAGGGAGACGUUGAGGCAGAAGGAGGAGGAGCUGGAAAGGCAGCAAGCGAGAGGGAGGAAUGCUGUUGCUGGGAAGGGCAGAGAGUGGAGGGGUGUGGUAGAGAGGGUGAGUGAGAACGAGGAAGACGGUCAGCUGGAUGGUGGUGAAGCGUGGAGGACACUGCAAGCUGGCGGUGAGAAUUGGCAGGGCAGGAACAGUCUUGCAGCAGGCAAGAGUGGGAAUGGAGUAGAGGCUGAGGCAGGCCGGGUGAGAGGUUGUGGAGGGAUGGUGGUGGUGAGCGAGGGGACGAGGGAGGGGACGAGGGAUGGGGGAGGAGGAAAGGUGGUGGAGAGGAAGCAGUGGCUGCAGCGGGCCUCGUCCAUCUUGCAUAGCCUACGCUCUUCCCUCCACUCUGAUCACCGGGGCAGAAGGGCUACCCACCCGCUGCUACAUGCUGCUGCACAUGCUCCGCCUGCUGCUGGCUCUCCCUCACCUCCGCCUUCUUCUCCUGCUGCUGCUGUUGGGAGCAACACUACCAGUGCCUUGUGUCCUGCUCCUCCUGCUGCUGCUACUGCUGCUCCUGUAUCUGCUGCUGCUGGAUCGGGAACAAGAACUGGGAGCCUCUUCUUCUCUCGCACAUGCUCUGCUGAAUCCUCUGUCUCCAUUUCGUCCUCCCUUGCCCCUCUCGCUGCCUCUCUCUCUGCUGUCUCCGCCUCCUCGCCGCUCUUCUCGCCCCCUCCCUCCUCCACCUGCUCCUCCUCUCAUCCCUCCCCGUCCCCCAACCUAUCAUCUUUCUCACGCCUCAACUCUUCUGAGCGUCGGUCUGGAGGGAGGGGGGGGUCCUCUAGUGCUGCUGCUGCUGCUGCUCUUCCACACCCACAAGAAUCUGCUUCAGGAGUAAAUAGAGCAUCCUUAGUAUCCGUAGCAGCAGCAGAAGCAGCAGCAGCAGUAGCAACAGCAGCAGGGUCGCGUGGUGUUGGGGUGCGUGGGUUCCCACUCUUUGCCAUCCCUGACAUACAUCUGGAGACAGCAGAUGGUGAGGACGGAGAAGGAGGAGGAGGCCAUGAGCAUGAGACCGAUGAGUCAAUUGUGUAUUCUCUUGUGGGCUGGCCGGAUCAGCAGCAGCAGCAGCAGCAGCAGCGUCAUGGGGAGGAGGAGAUUGGCAAGCAGUCCGUGGCAGAGCAGGAGAAAGUAGGAAUAGGAAUGGAGGGAAGGGAUGGUGAGACUGUGAGGGGGGAGGGUAGAAGGUGGAGAGGGGUGAUGAGUCCGUGGAAGCAACGAGGACGGGGAGGAAGUGGAGGAGGCGUGGGAGGGGGCGGAAAGGAAGAGAACGGAAGGGGGGUGGUGCCUGUAGCUGUAGAGAGUAGCACUUCCAAGUUCACAGAUGUGGACGAGGCACCAUCUUCAUCAGCAAGCAGGCGCCUACCGUCCUCCCUUCCUUCCGCCUUCUCGAGUUUCCACUUCCCUCGCUAUCCCUCUCCGCGUCGUGUCUGGCCGGCUGCCUCCUCCGACCCUUCACCUGCUGCUGCUGUUAAUACUAGAGCUGUGCCGGUAGCAGGAGGAGAAACGCAGCAGUAG